AUUGUCCCACUGGGUCCCUUAGGCUGAAUACAGCCUGAGGGAAUUGAUGAAACAAUCAUUUCAUCAAUUAUUUUUUCUAUUGUUCAGAUUGGAUAAUUUCUAUUUAUCUAUCUUACAGGUAACUGAGGUAACUGAUUCUUUUCUUUGGAUCUCCAUUCUGCUGUUGAGAUCAUCCAGUGAGGUUUUUAAUUUCACUUACUGUAUUUUUUGGUUCUAAAAUUUUCAUUUUGUUCUUCCUCAUACCUUCUAUUUCUUUGCUGAGAAUUUAUAUAUUUCCACUUGAUUCAACACUAUUUACAGCUGCUUGUUGCAACACUUUUAGUUAGCUACUUUAAAUCCUUGUCAAAUAAUUCCAACACAUCUGAUUCAUCUGAGUGUUGCUAUCUGUUGAUGCUCUUUUCUCAUUUGAUUUCAGAUUUUCUUGGUUCUUAAGAUGAUGAAUAAUUUUGGCUUUAUUCAGGACAUUCUGAAUAUCAUGUUAUGAGAUUCUGUUUUCUCUUCAAAUCCUCUAUUUUAGCAGUUGUCAACACAUUUAGGUUUAGAGUGCAUGUCUUGGUCUAUUUUUGUGGGCUGUAUUUCAAAUUCAACUUAGUUUUGAAAGUCUUUGCAGUUCUAUUUUGGUCUCCCUCAUUUUUGUGCUACCCAGAAGCCAAUUUGAAACCUGGACAGUAUCCCACACCCUAGUUCAGCCCUGAAAGCUUUUUCUAUGUUGAUUCUGAUUCAUUUUUUACAUGGGCUGCUCGUAGGUGUGCCCAGGUCAUCAUACACGUAUUUAAAGAACCCUUUUUAUAACUUUCUCCAUAAUCCGUCCUCCACUCUCUAUUGGAAGGAGAAGGUAGCUACUUCUUCUUUGCUGUCAUUCACUUAAUUUGGGGUAGGGUUAGCCAAUACAGUCUAUAUAAUGCCUGCUGGAGAGGCAAGAGGGGUGCUACCUCUCUUUGAGCUAAUGCAGUUGGGAUGGUUGAGAGAGCUCCACCCCACCAUCUUUGGAGUCACAUUGUUUGUGAAGAAGGCAAAGGAUGCAUCUUUUGUAGUUUUCACCUCGAGUAUACUGUUUUUGUUUUUGUUUUUGUUUGAGAUGGAGUCUCGCUCUGUCACCCAGGCUGGAGUGCACUGGCGUGAUCUCGGCUCACUGCAAGCUCCGCCUCCCGGGUUCGCGCCAUUCUCCUGCCUCAGCCUCCCGAGUAGCUGGGACUACAGGCGCCCACCACCACACCCGGCUAAUUUUUUGUAUUUUUUUUAGUAGAGAUGGGGUUUUACCAUGUUAGCCAGGAUGGUCUCGAUCUCCUGACCUUGUGAUCCGCCUGCCUCAGCCUCCCAAAGUGCUGGGAUUACAGGCAUGAGCCACCGUGCCUGGCCUCAAGUAUACUGUUGUGCAGUAAAGGAUUAACUUUGCACAAAGAGAGGUUUGGUUUUGCACUCAGCUCCUGGGAGGUAACCUCUAAAUCUUUGGAAUGUCCUGCAGGCCUUGCUUGGGCCAUGCAAGAUAGUAUAUAAUGACAGUGUGAUUUAUGGUGGGAGCUUUGGGCCACACUGAAUAGUCUAUGCCAACAUGUGGUUUAUAGUGGGGUACCUUUGGCCAUGCAAUAUCAGCUCUGGAGGGGCUGGAGACUAAGAUCAGCCACAGUGGGAGUCAUUCAUGUCUACAUGAUCAAGUCUCAGUAAAAACUCUGGACAUCAAGGCUCAAGUGGACUUCCCCAGUUGGCAAUACUCCAUGCAUAUUAUCAUCACACAUCAUUGCUGGGAGAAGUAAGUGCUGUCCAUAUGACUCCACUGGGAGAAAACCACUGGAAGCUCACACCUGGAACUCUCAUUGACCCUGCGCUAAGCACAUCUUCCCUUGGCUGAUUUUGAUCUGUAUCCUUUCAUUGUAAAGCCGCCAUAUAACACCAUAGCCACGAGUAUUAUGGCUUUUCUAAUUUCUGUGAGUUCUUCUGCGAAUUGUGGAACCUGAGGGUGGUCUUGGGGACCCCUGACUUGGAAUUGGUGUCAGAAGUACAGGUGAUCCUGGGAAAUCCCUCUGCUUGCAGUAGGUGUCAGAAGUGAGGGUGUUCUUGGGUACUUCUGAACUUUGUAGGUAUGUGUAGUCAAAAGGUCCCAUCCUGCAGUGCUGCCCUAUUUCAAAUUAUUUGGCUGGAAAAUGUAUGCUUUGGGGAGGCCUUUUUUGUCUGUGCUCAUUGGUUCUUCCAGGUUGCAAGCUUCUCUAGUACUCAUUUUGCAAUAUGUAGGAGCUCCCUCUCUCCCUCUAAGUUCCCUCUAGGGAACUCACUACUGUGUUGUUUUUUAAGUCCUUAGGUUCUACUUUCUUUUCUCCACCAGUGAGUCUUCUGAUAGAUGCUUUAUGUAUUUUUCUAGAUUUUUAGGUAAUUAGCAGGAGGAAUUGGGUGGAAUGCACUCUUUUUUUGUUUUGUUUUGUUUUUUACAACCAGAAGUCUCAAUCUUUGCUUUUAACUUGAAUGUUAAAUGCAUUUACACUUAAUGUAAUUACUAAUAUACUUGAAUUUAUAUAUACCACCUUACUAUUAGUUUUUAUUUUAUUUUAUUUUAUUUUUGAGAUGGAGUCUCACUCUGUCACCCAGGCCGGAGUGCAGUGGUGCAGUCUUGGCUCACUGCAACCUCCACCUCCCAGGUUCAUGCCAUUCUCCUGCCUCAGCCUCCUGAGUAGCUGGGACUACAGGCACCUGCCACCACACCCAGGAAUCAGUGUCAUUCAAGGACGUAACUGUAGACUUUAGUAGGGAUGAGUGGCAACAAUUAGACCUUGCUCAGAAAAGCCUGUACAGAGAAGUGAUGCUGGAAAACUAUUUCAACUUGAUCUCAGUGGGAUGUCAAGUUCCCAAACCAGAAGUCAUCUUCAGCUUGGAACAAGAAGAGCCAUGUAUGUUGGAUGGUGAGAUCCCCAGUCAGAGCCUUCCAGAUGGGGACAUUGGUUUUGGACCUUUACAACAGAGGAUGUCUGAAGAAGUUUCUUUCCAGUCUGAGAUUAAUAUUAAUCUCUUCACAAGAGAUGACCCAUAUUCCAUUUUAGAAGAAUUGUGGAAAGACGAUGAACACACAAGAAAAUGUGGAGAAAAGCAGAACAAACCUUUAAGUCGUGUUGCCUUCAUUAACAAGAAAACACUAGCUAAUGACAGCAUUUUUGAAUAUAAGGACAUUGGGGAAAUAGUUCAUGUAAACACACACCUGGUUUCCUCAAGAAAAAGACCCCAUAACUGUAACUCAUGUGGAAAGAAUUUGGAGCCUAUCGUAACCUUAUAUAAUAGAAACAAUGCAACAGAAAAUUCUGAUAAGACUAUUGGAGAUGGUGAUAUUUUCACUCAUAUGAAUUCUCAUACAGAAGUGACUGCUUGUGAAUGUAACCAAUAUGGGAAACCUCUGCAUCAUAAGCAAGCUCUCAUUCAACAUCAGAAAAUUCAUACUAGAGACAGCCUCUAUUUGUUUUCUGACUAUGUAAAUGUUUUCUCCCUGAAGUCACAUGCCUUUGCACAUGAGAGUAUUUGUGCUGAAGAAAAGCAGCAUGAAUGCCAUGAAUGUGAGGCAGUCUUCACUCGGAAGUCCCAGCUUGAUGGCAGUCAGAGGGUUUAUGCAGGAAUAUGCACUGAAUAUGAGAAGGAUUUUUCCCUCAAGUCAAACCAUCAGAAAACUCCUUAUGAGGGGAAUUACUAUAAAUGCAGUGACUAUGGAAGAGCCUUUAUCCAGAAGUCAGAUCUGUUCAGAUGCCAGAGAAUUCAUUCUGGAGAAAAACCUUAUGAGUACAGUGAAUGUGAGAAAAACCUCCCUCAGAAUUCAAACCUUAAUAUACAUAAAAAAAUUCAUACUGGAGGGAAACACUUUGAAUGUACUGAAUGUGGAAAAGCUUUCACAAGGAAAUCAACACUAAGUAUGCAUCAGAAAAUCCAUACAGGAGAAAAACCCUAUGUAUGUACUGAAUGUGGGAAGGCCUUUAUCCGGAAGUCACAUUUUAUCACACAUGAAAGAAUUCAUACUGGAGAAAAACCCUAUGAAUGCAGUGACUGUGGGAAAUCCUUUAUUAAAAAAUCACAACUCCAUGUGCAUCAGCGAAUUCACACAGGAGAGAAUCCCUUUAUAUGUUCAGAAUGUGGGAAGGUCUUUACUCACAAGACAAAUCUCAUUAUACACCAGAAAAUUCAUACAGGAGAAAGACCCUAUAUAUGUACUGUAUGUGGUAAGGCCUUUACUGACAGGUCAAAUCUCAUUAAGCACCAAAAAAUUCAUACUGGAGAGAAACCUUAUAAAUGCAGCGACUGUGGAAAAUCAUUCACCUGGAAGUCACGGCUCAGGAUACAUCAGAAGUGUCAUACUGGAGAGAGACAUUAUGAAUGCAGUGAAUGUGGGAAAGCAUUCAUUCAGAAGUCAACACUAAGUAUGCACCAGAGAAUUCAUAGAGGGGAAAAACCAUAUGUUUGCACUGAAUGUGGUAAGGCCUUCUUCCACAAAUCUCAUUUUAUUACACAUGAGAGAAUUCAUACUGGAGAGAAACCCUAUGAAUGCAGUAUUUGUGGGAAAUCCUUCACUAAGAAAUCACAGCUCCACGUACAUCAGCAGAUUCACACAGGAGAGAAACCCUAUAGAUGUGCCGAAUGUGGAAAAGCUUUUACUGACAGAUCAAAUCUCUUUACACACCAGAAAAUUCACACUGGAGAGAAACCUUAUAAAUGUAGUGACUGUGGGAAAGCCUUCACUAGGAAGUCAGGUCUCCAUAUACAUCAGCAAUCCCAUACUGGAGAAAGGCAUUAUGAGUGCAGUGAAUGUGGGAAAGCCUUUGCAAGAAAAUCAACACUAAUUAUGCAUCAGAGAAUUCAUACAGGAGAGAAACCCUAUAUUUGUACUGAAUGUGGGAAAUCCUUCAUCCAGAAGUCACACUUAAAUAGACACAGGAGAAUUCAUACUGGAGAGAAACCCUAUGAAUGCAGUGACUGUGGGAAGUCUUUCAUUAAGAAAUCACAACUCCAUGAGCAUCAUCGAAUUCACACAGGAGAGAAACCAUAUAUAUGUGCUGAGUGUGGAAAGGCCUUCACCAUCAGAUCAAAUCUUAUUAAACACCAGAAAAUUCAUACUAAACAGAAACCCUAUAAGUGCAGUGACUUGGGGAAAGCCUUAAACUGGAAGCCACAACUCAGUAUGCCUCAGAAAUCUGACACUGGGGAAGUAGAGUGCUCCACGCCACAAUUAUGGUGUGGGGACUCAGAAGGUGACCAAGGCCAACUUUCUUCUAUCUAGUUAGAAUUAUGAACAUCUGGAUCAUAUAGCUGAUGUGUAGUUACGCAUAUGGGGAGACACUUUUGAGAGUGUUUAAGCAAUGUAUAGUGGCCAUCUUUGGUUACUUGAUGUUGGUGUUGUCAAGCUCCUGCAAAUAACAGUAAAUGUGCAAGGAGAUGAUUGGCAGUCUUUCUUGUUUCACUUUUUGGGCAAACAGUUUUAUAAAUUCAGGGCUGUUGAGUUUUUCAUGUUCUGAGUACCACAACUAUUCAAUAUUGACCCCAAAAAAUUCAUAAUGAGUAGUAUGAUGAGAUAAUUUUACAUUGUCUAAGCAGCCUAAGGACACUGAGAUCAAGGCAAAGGGAGGGCAAUUUAGGUCUAUAAUGAAAGUGAAUCAGCAGUUUUUGUGAAAACACUAAAGACAGAAAGAAAGGACUCUACUUUUUUUUAAAAUUUUCUUUGGGAAGUCACCAUUAUUUAUUGUUAUAUCUGUUGGCGUAUGCUGGGGCAGCGGUUAGCCAAGAGGUCUGAAAUUGCUCUUUGCCUGUUUCUCAAAAGUCUAUAUUAUUACCUUAGAACUGGCCCUAAGAUCAUGGAACUUAGAUACAGGGACCCAGGUCAAGAUAGCAGCACUUUAGAUCCUCAGCUUUCACCACAGAAACCUGCACUUUUUUGAUGUUGUUGUUACCAACUCCUGUUUGAAAAAUAGGACAAAUUAAGAAAAUGGAUAUCAAAUCCUAAAAUUUUUUCCCACUAAUUUUGUUAGUACAUUCUCUACAUGUUCGUUACUUGCUAGAUUACCAUGAGACACAAGCAUCUUGAAUUUUAGUUUGUGUCCUUAGAAGAUAAAAUGUAGUUGAACAUUUGGAAGACUUCUCCUUUUAUCUCCUCACAAUUUCUACAAACUAAUCUUAAUUAAUUUUGUUUUUCAAAUUCUCUGUAUUUGAAUAGACUUUUUUGUCUUUUCUUCUAUCAAAUACUGAAAGAAAUGUGUUGUAAUUUUACAAAUAAUUGUGAAUUUGUCUCCUUUAGAGCUACUAAUUUUUGCUUUAUACAUUGUCUUUGAUUUUACAUACAAUUUAGAAUUGUUGUAAUCUUCCUUGUUAAUUGACACAUUAUCAUUAUUAGAUGUUUCUUUUUAUCGCUAGUAAUUUUUUGCCUUAAAUGUACUAUGUCAGAUACUAAUAUACAUAUGGAUUAAAAGCUAAUGUAAAUUAGUACUAACAACAUUUCUGGACAAGGGGAGAAGUUAUAACAUUAAUUUCAUUUAUUUGUCUCUCAUAUGGUAUUAAUUUUGUAUAUUUGGAUUCUGUAUAUGGUGAACACAGCCAAUCAUUAUUUGAGUCAAUAUCCGUUUAAAUUAGCCCACAUAUUUAUCAUUUUAAUUACUUUUUUAUUCCUUCCUGUCCUUUAAGUUUUCCUCUAGAAUUAUUUUGUUUCUUACUGAAGAACACCCUUUAGUAUGUCUUUUACUGUGAGUUUGCUGGUGACAAAUUGUUCUUCAUUUGUUGGCAGUGUUUUAUUUUGCCUUCAUUUUUGAAGGAUACUUUUACUGAAUAUAGAAUUCUAAGUUGAAAGUUGUUUUCUAUUAGUAUUUUGAUGAUAUUUUAUUUUGGUUUGUCUUUUAUUGUUUUAUUGAGAAGCUUUAUAUAAUUACCUUUGCAGGCAAUCUGCUUUUCUGUCUCCUUUGAAAUUUAUCUAUUUGUCUUUGUUUUUCAACAGUUGCACAUUGAUAUGCCUAGGUGUAAUUUUUCCAUGUAUUUAUCCUCCUUGGAGUUUAUAAUGUUUUUUAAAUCUGUGGCUUAGUGGUUUUGGGGUGUGUGUGUGCACGUGUGCGUGCAUGUGUGUGCACACAUGCAUUUGGGGAAAUUCCUAGCUAUUAUCUAUUCAAAUUAUGCAUCUGCCUCAUUCUCCUUCUCUGCUUCUUUUAGGGAUAGCCUUAUUACCCAGUUCUGUUGGCCUGUUUUCUAAUGGUUAUUUUUCUUGAGUUUUGCUGAUGUCCUGUCUCCUCAUAUGGUGAUUUUUAUAUCACUUGCCAGACAAUAUAUAUUAAAAUUUUAGAGGUAAUAAGAUGGUCUGGAUAAUAUCUUCUUCCAGAGAGGAUUUGCCAUAGCUUCUAACGUAGCUUCUUAGGCUAUGAUCACUAGUAAUCCCUGAUUGCCUUCAUCCAGUCAUGUAUUAAGAUUAUUUGAAACUGGGCUUGAGUCUCUGGAAGACUCAUCUUAUUUUAUUAUAUGUUCAGAAUGUGAACAUCUAAACCUUAUUUCUAGGAUACUUUUAGGACUUAUGAGUUUGGGAGGUACAUCAGGCCCCUCCUCUUUGGAAAGACUUGAAUUCUAGUAUUUCUUCUUCGGUCACUUGAAUUUGUCAAAAAUUCUCUCCAGCCUCUCUUGCCCAGUAUUUGCUGUCAGAAUUAGCAAAUACCUCUUAGUAAUAAACAGUUUCAGACAUUACGUCCCAAAUAUGAGACUUUAUGUCUUGUCUCCAAUUUUAUUCCUGCAGUUUCUCACUGCCGUGGUAGCUUUCUUAUGCCUUCAAAAAAUUAAAUGUGUUUAAUAUUUUCAUUCACCUUUUUUAGUUCUCAAAGGAAGUACUAGUCUGUACCACCUACUCUGCCACUGGCAGAUGUUUUCAAUUCGUUGAGAUAGCUACUUGUAUUUAAGAAGUAUCAAGACCAAAAAUAUAUUUUCUUAAUUUCCAAAAUUACUGACUUGUAAAUGAAAAUGCUUAGAUUUGCAGCAUUACUUUAUUCCAAUCUUUUGUUGCUAAAAGUCUUAAGGCAUUCACCCAUUUGUUAAAACCUUUACAGCCAGGCGCGGUGGCUCACGCCUGUAAUCCCAGCAUUUUGGGAGGCCGAGGCGGGUGGAUCACGAGGUCAGGAGAUCGAGACCAUCCUGGCUAACAUGGUGAAAACCCGUCUCUACUAAAAAUACAAAAACUUAGCCAGGCGUGAUGGUGGGCACCUGUAGUCCCAGCUACUCGGGAGGCUGAGGCAGGAGAAUGGCGUGAAUCCAGGAGGCGGAGCUUGCAGUGAGCUAAAAUCGCAGCACUGCACUCCAGCCUGGGCGACAGAGCGAGACUCCAUCUCAAAAAAAAAAAAAAAAAAAAAAACCUUUACAAACUUUGAUACAUAAGAGAAAAUUACCUCUGGUGGUUUCAAAUUUUAUUGUGGUAGCUGCCAAAUUUAGCAAAUGGAAGAGAUUCACUAAAAGCUUCUCAGAUGUCUUUUUUAAUACUAUGGUUUUUCCUUUGUACAAUUAAUAGAAAAUAGGGUUAAUGAAGACUGGUAUAGAGUCCCAGGGUUUGAAAAAUUAAUUUAGUAGGAUAACUGAGAUAGUGAUUCUCAACCUUUAUUCUCAGGCACAUUUUUAAAAAUAGAAUGUUAUACUCCCAAGAAAAAGAAGAAACUAUAAAAGAGCUACUUGACGUUUUGUCAACACAGUAUUAAUCUCUAGAAGAAAGAAAGACUUUCUUCUGUGAGAUUUCUUGCAUCUCAAGGGGCACUUGUGAACUGAUUGAGGAAUAGAUGGUGGAAAACUAUAAGUGAAUUGGGAGAGCUAAAUGUUAAGUAGAACUCAAAGGUCAGUAUAGAUUGGAAGCAUGUGGAACAUAGAUUUUACUAGGGAAAACACUGUAGGUUAGCCAUAUCUUUUUUAUUUAUUUAUUUAUUUUUUGAGACAGAGUCUUGCUCUGUCACCCAGGCUGGAGUGCAAUGGCGGGCAAUCUUGGCUCACUGCAACCUCCACCUCCUGGGUUCAAGCGAUUCUCAUGCCUCAGCCUCCCAAGUGGCUGGGAUUACAGGCAUGCACCACCACGCCCAGCGAAUUUUUGUAUUUUUAGGAGAGACAGGGUUUUGCCAUGUUGGCCAGGCUGGUCUCGAACUCCUGGCCUCAAGUGAUCCACCCACCUCAUCCUCCCAAAGUUCUGGGAUUACAGGCAUGGCCCAGCCAGCCAUAUCUUUUUAUGCUAGCACUCUAUUAUAGUUCAUUUACAGCAAACUAUUUUAAGACAGUUUUACAGUUUAAAUAUUUUAAUAAAAAUUCAUUUUAUUCUAUUUUAUUAAUUUUAAUUUUUUUUUUUUAGUGACAGGGUCUCACUCUGUCACCCCGGGUGGAGUUCAGUGGUAUGAUCAUAGUUCACUGUAGCCUUGAACUCCUUGGCUCAAGCAACCCUCCUGCCUUAUCCUUCCAAGUAGCUUGGACCACAGGUAUGUGCCACUACACCUGGCUUUUUUUCUUCUUGAGACAGAGUUUCCGCUCUUGUUGCCCAGGCUGGAGUGCAAUGUUGCAACCUUGGCUCACUGCAACCUGUGCCUCCCGGGUUCAGGCGAUUCUCCUGCCUCAGCCUCCCAAGUAGUGAGGACUACAGGCAUACACCACUACGCCCUGCUAAUUGUUUUUGUAUUUUUAGUAGAGACAGCGUUUCACCAUGUUGGUCAGGCUGGUCUCGAACUCCUGACUUCAGGUGAUCCACCUGCCUCAGCCUCCCAAAGUGCUAGGAUUACAGGCGUGAGCCACUAUGCCCAGCCCUUUUUGUUUUGUUUUGUUUUUUUGGUAGAGAUGAGGCCUCACUUUGUUCCCCAGGCUGGUCUCAAACUCCUGGUUUCAAGCAGUCCUCCCACCUUGGCCUCCCAAAGUGCUGGGAUUACAGAUGUGAGCCACAGCACCUAGCCAAAAAUGCAUUUUAAAUUAAUUUUUAAAAAGUGAAUCAUACUGUGUAUUCAGAAAAUAUACGAAAACAUACACUCAAACAUUUACGUAUGCAUCAGAUAAUUCAUAAGAGAGAGUAAUUUUCUGUUUGUACUGAAUGUGGGUAGGGUUUUCUUUACAAGUCAUACCUCAUUACAUAUCAGAAAAUUCAUGCUGGAGAGUCAUGCUGGAGAGUCAUUUAUGAAUAUGAUGACUAGGAAAUCUUCCACUGAAAAGUUAAUGACCUGAACAUAGUAAAUUCACACGAGAAAAAAUAAUUCAAAUCCCAUUAUACACUAAAAACACAAUUUGGAGAACAAAGCCUGUAAGAACAGUGACUGGAAAACACUUCACCUGGAAUAUAUCAGAAAGUUUCUACCAGAAGGAGACAGUGUUAAGAGCAAAUGUGGCAGUAGCUUCACACAGAAAUCAGGUUUUAGUAUUCUUCAGUAUUUACACAUGAGUGAAACUGUAUUUCUUGAAAGUGAGAAAGUCUUUUCACAGAAGUCAGAACCAGUUUUAAAUUACUCAUGCUACAGAGAAGCCCUGUGAUUACUGUACAUUAUAUAUUGUAUAUGGAAAAAUCUUUGUCCGUGAGUCACACCUUACUGUAUACCAGACAAGUAAUUGUUAAGAAUAGGUUUUGUAAGAAUAUAUCAUUUUAUUAAAUGCCAUAAAAUUCAAAUAGAGAAGAAGCUCUAUUUGAUACAUUGGAAAAGGUCUUCCUAUAGAAGCAGAUUUCAUAAUAAAUGUAAUUCAUUUUGUUUACUGAUUUAACUUCAAGCCCAUGUCUCAAACCAGUGGAGAAAAACAGACCAACACUUGCCUUUCUUUUUAUUAAAAUAAAUAUUUACGUACACACACACGUGCAUACAUAUAUAACUUGGCAUAAAUGUGACUUUAUUUAUUUACUUUAGAGACAGGAUUUCAAUCUGUCGCCCAGGCACCCAAAUGGGAGUCCAGUGGCACAAUCCUGGCUCUCUGCAGCCUCGACCCCUGGGCUCAAGUGAUCCUCCUGUCUUAGCCUAUCGAGUAGCUGGGACUACAGGCACACGCCACCACACCUGAUAAUUUUUUUAGUUUUUUAGAGACAGGGUCUUGCUAUUUUUCCCAGGUCAGUCUCAAACUCCUGGCCUCAAGCAGUCCUCCUACCUCAGCCUCCCAAAUUGCUGAGAUUACAGGCAUGAGCCACCACACCUGGCCUAACUGUAACUUUUAUAAUGUAUUUUAUGUCUUCUUGAUUUUUGAACUUCCAUUCAUAGCAAUUCCAACCACUCCAACAGUCUGUCAACAGAUAAUCAAUUGGACAAGGAUAAUCAUGCCCUUAUAUACUGGAGAUUAUCUUUUUCUGUAGCAUAUGCUUGUAGGAGUGGGACUGAUCAAAUGGUAUGUGUUAUUUUAUUUUAACAGAUGUUGCCAGAUUUAUUUGUCCUAAGACUGUAGCUUUUUAUGUUUCCAAUAUUAGUGUAUAAAUAUACCUCUUUCCCCCUACUAAAAGUAGCUGUUACUCUUUUUUUUUUUUUUCUGAGACUGAGUCUUGCUCUAUCGCCCAGACUGGAGUGCAGAGGCACAAUUUUGGCUCACUGCAUCCUCUCCCUCCUGGGUUCAAGCGAUUCUCGUGCCUCAGCUUCCCAAGUGGCUGGGAUUAUAGGCGCCUGCCACCAUGCCCAGCUAAUUUUUGUAUUUUUAGUAGAGAUGGGGAUUCAUUACGUUGGCCAGGAUGGUCUCAAACUCCUGACCUCAAAUGAUUCACCUACCUCGGCCUCCCAAAGUGCUGGGAUUACAGGCGUGAGCCACUGUGGCCAGCUGCUGUUACUCUUUAACCUUGAGAAAUUUUACAAGUUCCAAGUGAUAACUAAUUAUAAUUUGUUUAUUAAUAUGCCUCCAAAUGUGUCUUGGCCAUUUGAAUUUGCUAUUCUGUAAAUUGCCUUUAUAAAGCAUUUAUUUAUACAUUUCUCUUUUUGGAUUGUUUAUCUUACUAAUUUAAAACAGCUUUUUAUGUUAAAGGGAGUAACUCCUUUUUUAAAAAACAUCUAUUCCUUGUCUCGACUUUGCAUGUGAUAGUAUCCCAUUCACAUAAUUUUAUUUUCUAUGUGUUUAAAUGUGUAUUCUUUUACAGUUUCUGAAUUUUUAAUCUUAAGACUUAAGCUUCACAUAUAAUAUUUUAAAGUGGUCUUCUGUAUAGUUUGUGUAUCUUUUGGGAAAAUGUUGCUUUGCUGAACCAGCGUGCAAUCCCCAAACUCCUCUCUCACUGCUUUAUCUUUUUUUUUUUUUUUUUUUGAGACGGAGUCUCACUCUGUCGCCAGGCUGGAGUGCAGUGGCGCAAUCUCCGCUCACUGCAACCUCUGCCUCCUGGGUUCAAGUGAUUCUCCUGCCUCAGCCUCCUGAGUAGCUGGGACUACAGGCACCCGCCACCAUGCCCGGCUAAUUUUUUGUAUUUUUAGUAGAGACGGGGUUUCACCGUGUUGGCCAGGAUGGUCUCAGUCUCUUGACCUUGUGAUCCACCCGUCUUGGCCUCCCAAAGUGCUGGGAUUACAGGCAUGAGCCACCGCGCCCGGCCUACUUUAUCUUUUUUUAAAUUUAACUUUUACUGUAAGUUCAGUAGUACCUGUGCAGGUUUGUUACACAGGUAAACCCAUGUCAUGGGGGCUUGUUUUACAGAUUAUUUCAUCACCCAGAACCCAUUAGUUAUUUUUCCUGAUCCUCUCCUUCUUCCCACCCUUCACCCUCCAGUAGGCCCCUGUGUGUGUUGUUUCUCUGUAUGUGUCCAUGUGUUCUCAUCACUUAGCUCCCAUUUAUAAGUGAGAACAUGUGGUGUUUGGUUAUAAGUGAGAAUAUGUGAUGUUUGGUUUUCUGUUCCUGUGUUAGUUUGCUAAGGAUAAUGGCCUUCAGCUCCAUCCAUAUCCCUGCAAAGGACAGGAUCUCAUUCUUUUUAAUGGCUGCAUAGUAUUCCAUGAUGUAUAUGUACCACAUUUUCUUUAUACAGUCUACUAUUGAUGAGCAUUUAGGUUGAUUCCAUGUCUUUGCUAUUGUGAAUAGUGCUGUAAGAUCAUCAUCGUCUGAAACUGGUAGUGGCCAAAUGACCUGCCUCAGCCCAAGAGAAGCAAAACACUUAGAUGUAUCCUAGGAAAACCUUUAUUUCCUAAGAAAAGAGACAGACUUAGCUGUUACCAUCAAUUCCAUCCCUUUUCCUGCCUUGUACAUUAUGCCUCCAGCAGUGGUGAUCUUCUUUCAAGCACUGGGGAAAGACCAAAAGAUUCACCAACACUGGUCUUGAUGUUAUUGACUCAAAAGUACCAGCAACUUAACUACAGACUUUAGCUGUGUGAUAAAAAUAAACAUGUUUGGCAUAAACCAUUC